UUUGGACAAAACAUGAAAAAGUUGUAAGUCACGAACAACGAAAGGUCACGUUCAAUCUUCGUUUUGCUGCUGAGGCAAACUACGUAAAAGAGCUUUCAUAAGCAAAGACAACCCAAGAAGGGUAUCUGAUCUGAUACAACACUUAGUGCCAAAAAUCCACCUUCACCCACAAAACAAAACACAAAUCUAAAGCUUCAAACUUUGGCAUCAAUCCAGCGACCCAGUUGCCGGAAGUCCCAUUUUCCGGCGAAGAAUGGCGGUGGAGAGUGACAAAGUGGGUUCUGAUGGGAAAGUUUGGAGCUUUUGCAGCAUGCCAUUUUGGCAAACAACUCAUGCUUCUUCAUCUUCUUCUUCAACAACAACAACAAUACCAACAACUUCUUCUAUGCAUCAUAGUGUUCACCAUCAGAGCCAGAUUCUUCAGUCUCUUGAUAGAUCCACUCAUCAACCUUCCACCACUGUCUCUUCUGUGGCUAAAUCUCUUCUCCCCACAAGGAGAAGGCUCCGUCUUGAUCCUCCCAACAAGCUCUACUUUCCUUAUGAACCUGGUAAGCAAGUUAGGAGCGCCAUCGCAAUUAAAAACACUUGCAAGUCUCAUGUAGCUUUCAAGUUUCAAACAACUGCACCCAAGAGUUGUUAUAUGCGCCCUCCGGGUGGUAUUCUUGGACCUGGUGAAAGUAUAAUUGCAACUGUGUUUAAGUUUGUGGAGCCACCAGAGAACAAUGAGAAACCAAUUGAUCAGAAAAGCAGGGUUAAGUUUAAAAUCAUGAGCUUAAAAGUGAAAGGCGAAAUGGACUAUGUACCAGAACUGUUUGAUGAGCAAAGGGAUCAUGUAGCAGACGAGCAAAUUUUGCGUGUCAUUUUUCUGGACCCUGAACGCCCUAGCCCUGCUUUGGAUAAGCUUAAACGGCAGCUAGCUGAGGCUGAGGCUGCAUUGGAAGCAAGAAAGAAGCCCCCGGAGGAGACAGGUCCUCGAGUUGCUGGUGAAGGACUUGUUAUAGAUGAAUGGAAAGAAAGAAGAGAAAGAUACCUGGCCAGGCAGCAGGUUGAAGUGGUAGAUUCAGUGUAAAAUAUUUCUUUUUAUUUUUUUGGUUGUGUCCUUAAUGUUCUCCCAUUUGUAUGUCCAGAAAUUGAAUUCCUUGGCCACUGCAUAUGUCAAAUGUGGUUGAGUGACCUAGUAAAAGUUCCCUAAAUAGAUAUUGUGAAGGCAUUUCUUUGUUCUAUUUAGGUAGCAUGUUUGUCGUGUUUAGAUUCGAUUGAAUCAAUGAUUGGUGGUACUAAAUUAUGCUUCUGUAUCAGCUCUUAUAAUUUGUAGAUGGAUAUCUACAAAUGUAAUUGAUCUUUCCAUAGUUGAUGUUUUA